CCGGAGGCUGUGACAAUGGACUAUGACUUUAAAGUGAAGCUGAGCAGCGAGCGGGAGCGGGUCGAGGACCUGUUUGAAUACGAGGGCUGCAAAGUUGGCCGAGGCACUUAUGGUCACGUCUACAAAGCCAAGAGGAAAGAUGGGAAAGAUGAUAAAGACUAUGCUUUAAAACAAAUAGAAGGAACUGGGAUCUCUAUGUCGGCAUGUAGAGAAAUAGCAUUACUUCGAGAGCUUAAGCAUCCAAAUGUCAUCUCUCUUCAAAAGGUAUUUCUGUCUCAUGCUGAUAGGAAAGUAUGGCUUCUGUUUGACUACGCUGAACAUGACCUCUGGCAUAUAAUCAAGUUUCACAGAGCUUCUAAAGCAAACAAGAAGCCAGUUCAGUUACCUCGGGGAAUGGUGAAGUCACUAUUAUAUCAGAUCCUAGAUGGGAUUCACUACCUGCAUGCUAACUGGGUGUUGCACAGGGAUUUGAAACCUGCUAAUAUUUUAGUUAUGGGUGAAGGUCCUGAGCGAGGAAGAGUAAAAAUUGCUGAUAUGGGCUUUGCCCGAUUAUUUAAUUCACCUUUGAAGCCUUUAGCAGAUUUGGAUCCAGUAGUCGUAACAUUCUGGUACCGAGCCCCAGAAUUACUUCUUGGAGCGAGACAUUAUACCAAAGCUAUUGAUAUUUGGGCUAUAGGGUGUAUAUUUGCAGAACUACUAACGUCAGAACCAAUAUUUCACUGUCGACAAGAGGACAUCAAAACUAGUAAUCCUUAUCACCAUGACCAGCUGGACAGAAUAUUCAAUGUAAUGGGAUUUCCUGCAGAUAAAGAUUGGGAAGAUAUAAAAAAGAUGCCUGAACAUUCAACAUUAAUGAAAGAUUUCAGAAGAAAUACGUAUACCAACUGCAGCCUUAUCAAGUAUAUGGAAAAACAUAAAGUUAAACCAGAUAGUAAAGCAUUCCACUUGCUUCAGAAGUUGCUUACCAUGGACCCAAUAAAGCGAAUUACCUCAGAACAGGCUAUGCAGGAUCCCUAUUUCUUAGAAGAUCCACUUCCUACAUCAGACGUUUUUGCCGGUUGUCAAAUCCCUUACCCAAAACGAGAAUUUUUAACAGAAGAAGAACCUGAUGACAAAGGAGACAAAAAGAACCAGCAGCAGCAGCAGGGCAAUAACCAUACUAAUGGAACUGGUCACCCAGGGAAUCAAGACAGCAGUCAUACACAGGGACCCCCGUUGAAAAAAGUGAGAGUUGUUCCUCCUACCACUACCUCAGGUGGACUAAUCAUGACCUCAGACUAUCAGCGUUCCAAUCCACAUGCUGCCUAUCCCAACCCUGGACCAAGCACAUCACAGCCACAGAGCAGCAUGGGAUACUCAACUACCUCCCAGCAGCCUCCACAGUACUCGCAUCAGACACACCGGUACUGAGCUGCGCUGGAAUGUUGUCAAGCACUGUUGCUGGCGCUGCAGGACUGACGGUGCAGCUCUCUGCGGGAACCUGGUACGGGCCAUGGAAUGUACUGUACACCCACAUCCUCAGACUGCCCAGCAGCCAAGUUCCACCACCUUUCACAGACCGGGGUAGUGGCUUCCAAGUUGUACCUGUUUUGGAGUUAGACUUGAAAGAAAGUGCUAGCACAGUUUGUGUUGUGGAUUUGCUACUUCCAUAGUUUACUUGACAUGGUUCAGACUGACCAAUGCAUUUUUUUCAGUGACAGUCUGUAGCAGUUGAAGCUGUGAAAUGUGCUAGGGGCGAGCAUUUGUCUUGUAUGUGGUGAAUUCUUUCAGUGUAACAACAUUAUCUGACCAAUAGUACACACACACACACACACACACACAGAAGUUUAACUGGUACUUGAAACAUACAGUAUAUGUUAACUCAACAAAAUAACCAAGACUCAAAGUGAGAUUAUUUUGGUACACCUUUCAUUUUAGUGUCUUAUCAGUGGGUUGAUUCAUUUUCUACAUUAAUCAGUGUUUUUUGACCAAGACUGUUGCUUGGGUUUUUUUGAAAGUACAAAAGCCACAUAGUUUUUCCAGAAAGGUUUCAAAACUCCCAAAGAUUAAUUUCCAACUUAUAAGUUUGUUUUUGUUUUCAAUCUAUGACUUGACUGGUAUUAAAGCUGCUAUUUGAUAGUAAUUAAAUAUGUUGUCAUUGAUAUAAACCUGUUUGGUUCAGCAAACAAACUGAAAUGAUUGUCAUAGACAGUGUUUUAUUUUUCCUGUUGGUGUUGCUGAUUAGUGAGCAUGCUUUAAGAUGAAAAAAGCAUGAAUGAUAACUUCCUCUGAAAGGUGCGGCAUCCGAUUCAGAUAUUUUGUCUUGAUUUUAAAGCUGGUUGGUGUAGUGCUAUUAAAAUUUUGUUCAGUUAAUUUUACUUUUUAAAACUUGUUCGCACGUUGUUUAGGGUGCCCUUACUUCAGCAAAGGAGAAGGAGUAGGAGAGCCUUAGAAUUUUUGAGGAAAAAAAAAAAACCUAUAACAUACAAUGUACUGUAUCAAACUAUUUUACAUGAAUGACACAAGUAUUCUGAAUUUAAAAAAAAAAUUGAACAUUGUUAAAAACAAGGUGUUAUGUAAUAAAUUUAUUUUUCAUAAAUC